UUAAAUUAGAUAAAAAAAAUUUAAAACGCAAUCCAAUUUGGCCCCCUCUUUCUCUUCGCCGUCGAUAUCGCCACCGUUCGCCGGCGCCGGGAUUCAAGAUGAUUGGAUCUUUUCUCACCAGAGGGCUUGUGAUGGUUUUUGGUUAUGCUUAUCCUGCUUAUGAGUGCUUUAAGACUGUAGAAAUGAACAAACCUGAUAUUCAGGAACUUCGGUUUUGGUGCCAGUAUUGGAUCUUAGUUGUUCUAUUGACAGUUUGUGAAAGGGUUGGCGAUGCUUUUGUUUCAUGGGUUCCAAUGUACAGUGAAGCUAAGUUGGCAUUCAUCAUAUAUUUGUGGUGCCCCAAAACUAAGGGAACAACAUAUGUAUAUGAUUCCUUCUUUAGACCGGUAGUGUUAAAGCAUGAAACCGAGAUUGAUCGUAAUUUGUUGGAGUUGAGGACAAGAGCUGGAGAUAUGGCAUGUCUGUACUGGCAGAACUCUGCUAGCUACGUACAGACGAGGUUUUUUGAUAUAUUGCAAUUUAUUGCUUCUCAGUCAACUCCUCGCCCAACUCAGCCACAGAAGCAAAGCAGUAGAGGCCGUCAACGCACAGUAACACCACCAAAACGCAGAUCAGCUGCCCCAGCUACAAAGGUACAGACUGAAAAACAAGCACCUCCUUCUUCUACUGAAUCUUCAAGUGAAAAAGAAGCAGACACAAAAGAAAAGGUGAAACCCUCACAACCACCUCCAGUGGCUACCCCUGCUUCUUCUGCUUCCUCCGUAAAUGCACAAAAAAUGACCACAGCUGAAGCCCACGCUCAAAUCACCAAAGCUUCAAGUCUAAGCAAAACUCAAAUGAUGCAGAUUGAUCAAGUGCCUUCCUCGGACAAUCAAAGUGCAAAACCUCUUGUUGAUACAGUCAUGGAGGAUAGUCUAACUGCAAAACCUGUUGAUACAGUCAUGGAGGAAGCAGUUCGGGUAACACGUGCCAGAUCAAGGAGGACACGACCUGCACCCAAUCCUUGACUUGGUGGGGAAAAGGAUACAUUCUAGGAUGCUGAGUUCAAUGUAUAUGUCAUGUCUUCUUUCAUUCAUUAUCUGAAGUUGUCCAUGAUAUUUUUAAGCAUGGAUUGAGAAAUGAUGGGUUGAUCAUGAGCCAAUGAAACUCUGAACUUCUUAGAGAGUUUCUGUAAAAGCAGAUAGCCAGAUACAUAUAUCGUGCCUUCCUUGGGAUGAACUGUAAAAGAUUUCAAUGAUAACCUGAAGUAAAACUAGUUCUGAAUGCUCUA